GUUCUUUAGAACGUUCAAUACGUACCUACAGUACAGCACAAAAAUGCGUACUAAAUUAUGACUGCCAGUCAAACGGAGGCGACUCGCUCAGACGAGCUGGACGUACGUAGGCUGCUUGACGUCACUGGCACUGACGGGAAAAGUAAUGAUGUCAUCGUGUGCCCGUCUGCAAAUCUCAGCGGACAGGAGCAACAACACGUCAUAUUUUUUGGAGGAGAUAUACAGACUUACCCAGAGAUCAUGGAGUCAGGCAUGCAUAAAGAGUACAUAGAAUAUAACUUGGAGGACACAGCGCGAAUUCUCUCGCGGCGAUUUCCGGAGAGUGUUGUCUUUAUUGUCAAACCAUCGAAAAUGAUUCUUUACUCAUUCAGCGUAUACAAGAAUUUCUUACACUUUUCUGAAGACGGAAUUCCUUACAUUGGCCACUUGCCUCAAAACGAAAACGGAAUCGAGGGUUUGACCUAUUUAGUACGUUUAUACAACAAUGCACGGCGUCAGAUGACGUCAGCUGACAGUUCCCCCGGCACCUCUCCACCAAUCGCAUUGGUUGGUUUUAGUAAAGGUUGUGUGGUGUUGAACCAAAUCAUGUUCGAAAUGUUUUCUUGUGCAAAUAUUGAUGACACUGACGUCAGCGAUUUUAUAGAGAGGUUAACCUCUGUAUAUUGGUUGGAUAGUGGUCACGUGGGUGAGAGAGACGCCUGGUUGACUGAUGACGCACUUUUAUCAGCAAUGGUACAAAAAGGUCUCCAAAUUUUUGCUCAUGUGACACCGUAUCAAGUUCGCGAUUCUUUUAGAAAAUGGAUUGGAAAAGAAGAGAAAAAGUUUGUGGAGAAACUAAAAAAGUUAAACGGAAAUAUCACCGAGGGCAGGCAUUUCUUUGAAGAACCCGGGAGCAUUGAAAAUCACUUCAAGAUACUUAAAUUGUUUUGAUGUUAAACUACUGACUAUUAUUCAAUGUACUAUGUCCCCAGUAAAACUUAUGUUUUUGAAGCAGUUGUAUUGCUGAGAAUUGAUAAUUGUUGUCACGUGAGCAGCUUUCCAUUACUGUGUAGUUUGAAAUAUCUACACAGGUGAAGUUUGUAGUGCAUAUUUGUCAAUGCUUAAAUUGUUCUACGUGAAAUGUGGCAUGUAUAAAAACAUAAAUUAGUAUGAAUAUUU